GAGAGAGAGAGAGAGAGAGAGAGAGACAGCAAUUAGUGUUUUGUGUCGUGAGCCUAUCGCGAGGACACGACGCGAGUAGUUCCAGUUCGGCCUAAUCGAGUCGCGCGCGCGGCUCGUCUUCGCGAAGCUUCCACGCGCGACUUCCUCGAGUUCUCCGCAACGACCGAAGGGCGAAGGUUCGUUGCGAGCCGGCCGUCGCGCAAACGGAAGAAAUUGUCGGCUCUCGGCCGACUCUUCAACAGGUGGCUGAAAUCGAUCUCGCACGUGUGCGACAGCGUACGUGAUCGCUUUUCAGCGCCGCCUUGCUCUUCCUCUCUUCUUCACUUUUUAUUAAUAACAUAUCGUCUGGUCGCGAUGCCGGCGGAGCUGCGUGCGCGUACCGCGCGUGUCCCUCGGCUACCGAAAUAAGACGGAUGUGUCCGUGACGUACAGAGGAAGAUCGUUACUCGAGCUCGGCAAGGCCUUCGAGACAGCCGCGAAACGCGCGAGUAUCUUCUCUUCUCCGUGCUGGAUUUCGCGACGCGUGCGAAGGAGAUUUGCGCGUAUAGAGACGCAACAUCGCGACGGUCGAUCUUCGUUACGAGCGUCGGGAACGUCUCGAUCGAUUCGACCAAUGGAAUCGUUGUUUCCGCGAGAUCGGGUCGAAUCGGUGUCUGGAGUCACGAAUGUUUCAUGCGGUGGAAGCAGUAAGCAGCUCUCUCUCUCUCUCUCUGUCUCUCUAACUCACAACGAUUCGAACGUUUCAUAAGUUUCGCGUUACAAAGGUUUUUCCUUCUCUCUAAAAACGAACGCAGCGAUUUCAUUCUGUAAACAUUCAGUAAUUGUUUCCCGAUAAUCCCGGUUCGUCGCGAGUCGUUAAACAUCCACGAAAGUCGCCACGUCGGUCCACCGAGCGCGAACUGCAGCCGGCAACGCGCCUCUAUUAAUUUGCGUCGCGCGACCGAUGAGUGGAAAACCGUUUCUAUCCUGUAAUUUACAAUCCUCUCUCUCUCUCUCUCUCUCUCUCUCUCAGCCGUGAAUAAAUUCGCACGCGAGAACGAAAGGCGGUUGCUUUAAAAAGCGACCUCCCGUCAGCAAUAUCGCCGCUGCGUCGCUUUUACUGCGGCUAUUAUUUAACGUUAAAAAACCUCCCAGGUAAAAGAAAGGGAAUGAAAGGAAAUAAGAGGGAAAGAACGGAAGCGUGAAACUCCAUCGUCGGAGACGCGUUCAUAUUUUCCCGGUGAAGUUUCCCCUGAGAGAGAGAGAGAGAGAGAGAGAGAGAGAGAGAGAGAGAGAGAGAGAGAGAGAGAGAGAGACUACGGGCGACCUUGAGGGACGGCGGAUUCCGUGGUGCUUUUUAAAUAGCCUCUCCGCUGUAUUUUUCGUCCCGUGAAAAGCGGCCGCCGUGCCGCGGCCGCUAUUAAUGAUCGCUAAACUUUCCGAAUGUUUGCCCGGCGACUCAACGACAGCCUCGCCGGCAAAGUUUACCGACAGUUUCGCCCACGCCGAAUAUCGGGAGCGCCCAAGCGGUUCUCAAUCGGGUGCGCUCUUAAUUGCUCCUCCGUAUCCUCUUUCAGCCGCGGAGUCGCCCGACGCGUGUUGCUUCGCUCCUGCAGAAACAGAACUUUCCGCCGCGGCGUUGUGUUAACUGUGUCUAAUUGUCGUCUAGGUGAUUCGACCACGUCGAGACCACGUCGACGGCGCGAGACUCGUCUCGCGCGCAGAACAUCGAAAUUUCGCGCCAGCGAUCGGCGUCAUCGGGAGUGAGAUCGCGGGUGUGUGUAUGUGUGUGUGUGUGUGUGUGUGUGUGUGUGUGUGUGUGUGUGUGUGUGUGUGCGUGUGCGCGCGCGUAACCGCUCGAUAAAGUAACUCUCCCGGCUCGCUUAAGUUUAUCCCAAAACUCGGCUGGGUCGGUUGUUCCACUCACUGCCACACUUGCGAUUUAAUGAACGACGAGGAUCUAUCGGCGCUACCGCCGACGAGAGAGACUCCUCGCUCGGUCCUCGCUAUUUGCCUUUCCAACUUCUGUCUGAGCCAACGCUCGGAUUUUCCGCUUUGAGCGUAACCUCUGUGCGAGAAGGAGACACCGAGGUCGACGAUUGUCAUCAGUCCCGACGUCAGUACGCAACGGAUCCACUCGGAAAACUCGCACGCCGCGGUAAGCGCGACGUUUUUUAUCGACUCGACCUUCUCCGGAGCCGAGGACGUACGCGAGGCAGGGGAGCAUCCACAACGACGAUGACGACGACGCUCGCACGGCGUGAAAAAUAUUCCGCGCGCUCGACGUAACGGGGGCGAGUUGGCCCCGGCGACGGCGACGAUACCGCGCGGGAACUCGCGCUAAUCUGCUUAUCUCAGGCUAUAACUCGCUUAUCUAUCAGAACCCCAUCGUCGCUUAAGCGCUCAGCUGCGUGGAGUGCGCAGUGCCGACGUAAACGAGCGAGCAAAGGGCGAGCUCCGGCGCAGCGCGGCGCGGCGCGGCGCGGCGCGGCGCGGCGCGAGGAAUCAAUUGUUGACCGGGCGAUCGACGGCCGUCUCAACUUGGCCGGGCACUCAACUAGCCAACUCGGAACACUCGGAACUUCUGGAUAUGAGCCCGCCGACUGCCGCCAUCAUCUCUCGCCGCUCGUCCACGGACUCGAUUCACCAUCCACGUCAGCGCUCUGACGCAUGAUCGAUUCCGGCCCGAGAAGAGGAGGACGCGAGACAGGACGGUACAGGCGUAAAACGUCUGUUCGCGGGAGAAAGGAAUCGCCAAGGGGAGAGAAAGAGAGCCUCAUGGCUAAUUACACGACGCAGCAGACGUCGCCGCUCGGCGGCGGCAACCUGCCGGAGACCUCGUCGCCGCGCAACUCCAGCUACCUGGAGGACGUGACGUCGAACCUCGCGGUGCAGAUAAUGUUCUGCGUGUUCUACGCGAACAUCUUCGUGCUGGGGAUCUUCGGGAACGUGCUGGUGUGCUUCGUGGUGGCUCGGAACCGCCACAUGCACACCGUCACCAACUUCUUCAUCACGAACCUCGCGCUGAGCGACGUGCUGCUGUGCGUGCUGGCCGUGCCCUUCACGCCGCUCUACACCUUCCUGGGCCGCUGGGUCUUUGGCAACACCCUCUGCCACCUGGUGCCCUACGCCCAGGGCGUGAGCGUGUACAUCAGCACGCUCACGCUCACCAGCAUCGCCGUCGACCGUUUCUUGGUCAUUAUCUAUCCGUUCCACCCGCGCAUGAAGAUCGAGAUGUGCCUGUCGAUCAUCCUCGGCGUCUGGGUGGUCGCGCUGCUGGUCACCUUGCCCUACGGCAUAUACAUGCAGCUGGAGGAGCCGCACACCUUUUGCGAGGAGCACUGGCCGAGCGAGCCGUUCCGCAAGGUCUUCAGCUCGGUCACCUCGAUACUGCAGUUCAUCGUGCCGUUCUUCGUCAUCGCCUUCUGUUACGUGUGCGUGUCGAUCAAGCUGAACGACCGAGCGCGCAGCAAGCCUGGCAGCAAGAGCAGCAAGCGCGAGGAGGCGGACCGCGAGAGGAAGCGCCGCACCAACAGGAUGCUGAUCGCAAUGGUCGCGAUAUUCGGCAUCUCGUGGCUGCCGCUCAACAUCAUCAACGUCGUCGAGGACUUCUACUCGCCGGCCAACGACUGGUCGUACUACCGGCUCUGCUUCUUCAUGACGCACUGCCUGGCCAUGAGCAGUACCUGCUACAAUCCGUUCCUCUACGCGUGGCUCAACGACAAUUUCCGCAAGGAAUUCAAGCAGAGGCUGCAGCCGUUUCGUGCAGCUCGAGAAGCGCCUCGCGGGAAGCUUCCGUCGGAUUGCGACGGAUCCACGUCGCAAGCCACGUCAGUGGGGCCGAUUGGACGGAUCGAGAACGCGCGCGCCUAUCUCUCGCGGGACUUGCAUACUCAAUACCGAACACUUUGCACAUACAUGUAAACUGUGAUGUAUAAUUUAAGAUUAAUACAAUAUGCCUGUAUGCGCGAGCAUGCGCUUGUCAACUAGUGCGAGCGAUAGGCUCGGGAGCUACGGAAAAAGAAUAAUAAUAAUAAACCAACUGUCAAGAGUGUGGAUGAUAUUAUCGCAACGUUAUAAAUGUGUUUCGAUCAAUAUGGCUUGUUGACGAUGUACUUAGUUUGGAAGUCAUAAUAAUAAACGACUAUCUCUAUUCA